GCAGGCCUAGCACCUGGGUGCACUCCUGAGGCUGAGGAUGUGGGCCCAAGGUCCUGAGCCCUAGGCUGGAAACAACCUGCAACCUCCAGCCCUCAGGUGGCUCCACCCUGCUGCCUGCAGAUGCUGCACCCAGUGUCACCCAAGCCUCUGACUUUAUUUCUGUGUAACUGAAAGGCCUGGAGCAAGCUGGAUCCAGGGUCCGAUGGUGACAUCAGAACAAAGGCCCGAGUGAGGCCUGGCCUGACUGGUUGCUGUGGCUGGAGCCUAUAUGACCCCCAUGCAGGUGGCGGACAGGUGCACCUGGGCCCUGGCAGACCCCGUAGAGCCUACGCACCUGGUCUGCUUCCUGCUCCAUGAAUGCACCACAGCCCCAGUGCCACAAGCACAGCUUUUAUAGUUGGCCCUCACAAUUUUGUUUGUUAACAUGAAUGAUUUUCCUACAUUAAAAUGUGCAAAGUUUCACCCAGUUGUUUUAAUUUCUUGCUUUCCUUAAACUCAACUGGUGGGCAGCACAGGGCCAGUGAGGCUCCUCUACUCUUCGACGAACACACCCACUCACCAGAGUACUCAACUGGAUUUGAGCAGAGUUCCCCCACCCCCCAUGGCAACCACACCCUUCCUCCUCCCUGGGCCUUGUCUAGGAGCCUCUGAGCCCCACUGUGCAUGACAGGAAGUGUCGCAUUUAAGACCCACAUCAUCGGUGGUCAUGAGGCUGCCCCCCACUCCCGGCCAUACAUGGUCUCGCUGCAGAAAGCCGGCACCCACUUCUGUGGGGGAGUCCUCGUACACCCGCGGUGGGUGUUGACAGCUGCCCACUGCGUGGUUCAGCCGACCCAACAGCUGAGGCUGGUGCUGGGGCUCCACAAGCUCAGAGACCCUGGCCUCACCUUCCGAGUCAAGGCAGCAGUCCUGCACCCCAAGUACAAGCCGGCCCCCAAACUGGACAACGACCUCGCGCUGCUUCAGCUGGACUCGAAGGUGAGUCGCAGCAGGACUGUUCGGCCCCUGGCCUUGCCCCGAGGGCGCCAGGCAGUGGCAACAGGAGCAAGGUGCAGUGUGGCAGGCUGGGGGCUGACCCAACAGAGUGGGCAGCUGGCAGGAGCGCUGCGGGAGCUGGACAUGCAUGUGCUGGACGCCAGGAUGUGCAACAACAGCCGCUUCUGGAAAGGCAGCAUCACCCACAACUUGAUCUGCCUGGAGGCCAAGCCCAAGGAUCAGGCCCCCUGCAAGGGGGACUCAGGCGGGCCCGUGGUGUGCAACAAAGGCCGGGUGGCUGGAAUCCUGUCCUUCAGCUCCAGAGCCUGCACUGACAUCUUCAAGCCCCCCGUGGCCACCGCCGUGGCCCCCUACAUGUCCUGGAUCAGGAAGAUCAUCGGCCGCUGGUCGGCCCCUCCACAGACCUGAUGCUCCACGGUGACCCUGGCUCCUUCGUUCGCAGGACACUCCCUUGCAGGAUAUGGGGAGGGGCAGAGAGGGUACCGGACACAGCUCAGAGGACCAAUAAAUUGUA